CACAAAAAUGACUCACCAGACUGCCAGAUAGAGACCUGUUUUCUCUGGGCCAAGGUCGUUUUUUAGCUUUCUAUUAUUAUUUGUCCCUCUCUGACCGUCUGUGAAUUUUUUCAUUACGAGAAUCCUCGCAAACGUCGCCCCUAUAUCCUUCGGGAUCUUCGCUGAAGAUGCCCAGAAAGGAGAAACCGUGUAUUGGUAAAACCUUCGCUGUCGGAUCCAUCCAUGUUGUCGUGGAGGAUGUCAUCGCGGAAGGCGGAUUUGCCCUGGUUUUCCUUACGAAAGACAACAACGGAAGACGCUUCGCUCUGAAACGCAUGUAUGUUAACACGGAUAAAGAUCUUGCCAUGUGCCAGCAAGAAAUUCAUAUUCUGGAGUUCCUGGCAAAAGAGCAAGAUUCUCAUGCCGUGCGUUAUUGGGCAUCAGCUGUGAAUGUUAUUGAUGAAGAAGUGAAGGAAGUGCUGAUUUUAUUGGAUUAUUAUAAAGCUAGUGUCCUGCAGCUGAUGAAUGAGCGCUUCCAAACCAAACGCCAGCUAACCGAGGAGGAAGUGCUCAACAUAUUCUGUGACGUGUGCCAUGCAGUGGGUAAACUGCAUAAUCAGCGUCCUCCGUGGAUCCAUCGGGAUUUGAAAGUGGAGAACAUCCUCAUUGACAAGGAUGGGCGCUGUGUUCUAUGUGAUUUCGGUAGUGCCACCAACCGGGUUUUUGAUCCUACCAAGCAUCCGGUGACGGAAAUUGAAGAGGAUUUGAAAAAGUAUACCACUAUUGCCUACCGUUCGCCGGAAAUGGUGAACUUAUACGGAACCAAGAAGCCCGUGACGAUCAAAGCGGACAUAUGGGCCCUUGGUGUGAUGCUCUACAAAAUGUGUUAUUUCACCCUGCCUUUUGGCGAAAGUUCCCUGGCCAUACAAAACUGCAACCUACACUUUCCGAGUAGUCCUUCGUAUUCCAAGCAACUACAAGGAUUAAUACGGUACUGCCUGCGAGUUGAUCCUGAAGAUCGGCCGGAUAUCUUUCAAGUGGCUUAUCUGGCCUGCUGGCUAGCCAAGCGUGAAUGCGGUGUACUCAACCGAAAUAAAACCCCGGUGCCUAACCCCGACAUCCUGCUGACUCAGCCGGAAACCGUACCGGCUCCCGCGCCGAAUGACACAUCACCGCCGCGUGUGGCCCGCCCACCGCCGGUGUCGACCUUUGAGUUCAGCAGUACAACGUCCAUUGCGCCACGCGAACGGCCCAAACCGUCGGCGCAGUCCGCCGGUGCCCUGGUGCUGCCGCGGCCCCCGUCGAAAUUCGGCGGCGCGCCCUUGACGCCCGUCAGUGCGCCACCGCCGCCGUUAGCCGCCGUCGUUGUCCCGCCCGUGGAACCGGUGCCAGUCAAAGAAUCUGUGAUGGAGAGUAAAAGAAAUUUUGAUUUGAUUGAUAUUUCCGCGGGUGAUACGGUGCAGCAACGGAGUGCGGUUGCGGCGGUGCCCCCUCCGCCCGGUGGAAGCGGGAUUCCUAGAGGGCGGGAAGCGUUUGGUGAUAUGCAUCGAAGCCGUCUCGAAGAGGUCGGUCAGAAAGUGCAGCGAAUGGGCCACAGACGGAACACUUCCGAUACCUCCAUGAUCCCCAUUGUUCGCCCGGCCUCUCCUAGUCCCACGCAGAAUAUUAGCGAAAAGUCCCGGUCAGCUGAUACUAGUCCCGUCCGCUCGCCUAACCCCCGAACGGAUGUUAAUAAACAGUUUUCCGCGUGGAAUCCCUUCGAAGAUGUCGACCAGCACUGGACCGCGCCCAAACCGCCUAGUCUUACCCAGAGCAUCACCUCGCUGGUCCGGAAGGGCUCGGUGAACAGCAUGACCAGGUUGGCAGUGGGUAGUCCCGCUGAAAAUGGGGAAAAGGAUAAAAAGAACGUUAAGACGACGGAAAAGAAAGAGAAGAAGAAGUUUAAAUAUCAGAAAUUCGACAAUGACUCCGACGAAGAGGACGGAUCGGUCAUCAGCGAUCAGCCGCACUCGCAGUCGGAAAGUGAUACAAGAAAAUCGGUGGCAUCCGUGCAGAAUGACAGCGAGACAGUGAAAGACACGGAUUCGAUCGGCAGCGCCAGUGAUUUAAAGCACGAAGAUGACACAACCGAUGACGAGCAUCUCAGCAGUCGGCACACCACGCAACCGGAUGUCGAGAUUAAAGUGGAAGAAGAAGAGGAAGACGAUCACUAUGGCACCGUACAGUAUGGCACACUGGAAGAAACUGCCAGUGCCAUUCAGAGUCUGGCCUCCCAUCUAUCACUAGGACAUGAAACCAGCACGAAACCCCUUCUGGACGACCAUAACAAUGGUUUCGAUAAAUCCGAUGACGAAGAGCUGGAGCGCAAAGCCACGCCGGUGGCGGCCGGCACCCAGCGGCGGCUGACCUUCGACGGCGCUGGUCUGUUAUCGGUGUUCGAUCAGAUUCCCUUCCGGCAGCCGAAAAAACCCAAAGACGCCGCACUGAUUCCCCCGGUAAAGAAAGAGCCGGUGGAAACGACGCACGUGACGCCAGCGGAAGCAGCGAAUCGGCAGCAGCUGUUCCCGGAAACCAAUCCCUUUGCGGAUUGUUUUGCCGGAUCCGGGCGGCGCCGGAGUGAAGAUAAGCCCGAUAGUGUUACGGAUGUCGCGGAAACGUUUACGGAACCGUUUGAGAAAGCCGUUCCCGUGAUCGCACCCCCUCCUGUGCCUCCUAAGCCUUCUUUCUUGAAACGUGAUGUACAGCCGGCGGUUCCUAGCGGCGUGGUAAGUCAGAAUCCAUACGCGACGGGAUAUGCGGUAGAUAAUGGGGAAGACGUGUUCGGUGCGUCGCCGUUCGAUAAUUUAACCGAUUCGUUGGUGGCCAGCGAGAAGAGUGCCGCGGCCAGCGGGAAAAAGAAAACGAAAAGCCCCGUCUUUCAAGAGUCGCUGAUGCAUGCCACGAAUAUUGUGGCGCCCAAUGCGCAUUCCCCCACGCAUGCCACCAAGUUCCGGAAGUUCCAGAAGAAAGAGGGAAUUUCUAAUAUCAGUUUUGAAGAUGCUUAGUACGUAACUGUGACCGAGUGUGACCAUUUUGAAGGUUUGGUUUUUACACAUUUUUUGAUUUUAUUUCUACCAGUUCCAUUUUUUAGAUUAUUUAAGUUUUUGCGAUUACUAAUUCAAUAUUUGCUUGAUUUCUGUGCUAUCUUUAGCAGCCGUGCAUUUUGGUUUCCUGGACAUCUGCUGCAUGUACUGUAAUUUUUGGGAGUUGUGUGAUAUAUUUGUACAUUCCUAAAAAUCCGACAACCG